CGGCAGAAUGGCAGCAUUGCGGGAAAAAAAAGAAAGAACGCCGAACGGCAGGUGCUGAGUGCAUAUGAUAUGCAGCUGCUCAAAACACGUGUCAUAAAGUUUCAGCACCAAGAUUAAAAACAAUGGAAUUUAAGGUAACUGAGCCAUUAAAAGAGAGAAAUAAGACAAGGAAAGCAAACAAACAUGAAGAGGAUGAAGCUUCAAACUCGGACUCAGACAGUGAUACACCAAGCUGCAGUAAGGCAAAGAAACUCCCACCAUCAUCUCAUUCGUAUGAUACUACUUCCAGUAAUGAUGAAGAAAAUACAGAUUCUUGUGAAAGUAAUGAAGAUGGAAACUAUUCAGCAAGUAAAUGUACAUUUGCUGAUCUGCAGCUCUUAAAUAUCUUUUAUGAGAAAACUCCAGAAUCCAUGGAAAACUUUAUGAGAGAAGUGAAAAAUGCUUUUAUGGAAAGGAAAGGUUUUUGUCCCAAUUGCAGCAUGAUGAACAAUGUUUUGAAGGAACAUCUUAAAAAUUUGACAUUUUCAUAUGAUUUGACAAAUCUUAGAGACCUCCGUGUGUAUGGUAACCCUGGCGUAGUAGCAGAUAGAGUUACAAAGGAGAUAGAGAAAUAUUUGCAAUGGACAUGGAAAAAAUCACAAGAAAUGCUACAAAAGAACCAAUUUUAUCAAACGUUGGAUACAUCUAUGCAGGAAAAAGCUCAGGAACUGAUAUUUUCAUUAAGUUUUCCAGUAAAAACAUUUGCAGGGGAGACUAUUCAACUUGUCAAAAAAAUACUUUUUGGAAAGCUAGAAGAAAAGUGGAGGUCUUCAGAUGAAAUGGAGAGAGGGAAAGGAAGAAAGAGAAGUGAAAGAGCUAGAGUACGGUGCAGAAGGUCACAUGGUCAACAUGCAGAUUCAAAGAUUUCAUAUAAAGCAACCACUGAAAAUUUUUUCCAGCAAUACUGUGAGAAAUUUGCAGGGCUGUUCUUUUUAGUAAAAGGUGAAGUACUUGAGGGAUCCUUUUCUUUUAAGAAUCAGAUGUUGAAGAGCACACCCGAUGUGGUCUAUCAGUACCUCUCUGAUAGUGGCUAUCCUCAAGAUCAACUCUUGUUUGUUACAGAGGCAAACAGUGCUGUAGCUUCUGAAGAAGGUACAACAUAUAUGGAACAGGUGGUUGGACAGAAUGUUAUGGGACAAGUUGGAGCGGAGCUUCUUGGCCAGUCACCACACUCAGUAUUUUAUCCAUUUAGUCUUGGAGUUGUUUGUAUGGAAACAAAAUUAAUUUUUGUUUUGCUGAAAAUAGCAGAGGAGCAUUCAGUUAGCAUCCAAAAAGGAGAGAGUGGAUCAGCAGAGAAUCCUGGGAAGAUUAUUUACACGGAGCCAUUUGACAUGCUAAAACAAGAGGACAGGCUGAAAAUGGCCGAGUUCCUCUACUGGUUAGGAUUUGUUCAAGAUCUCAAAAAAUAUGACUUUCUCUAA